GAGGCGGCGGCGGUGUCCCGGAUGUUCCUGUCGCCUCAGCAGCAGCAGCAGCAGCAAAGGAACGGAUGGAGGCAAGAUGGCGUCGUCGUCGGAGGCCCUGAAGAGGAGGAGGCGGAGGAAGAGGAGGAGGAGCCCCGGCCCAAGAGAGGCCUCCUCCGCAUGUUUGCCUUUGGCCCUCUGCGCCCCCCCAGCCUUGGAAGAUUGGAUCUAGCCCUGGCCCAGAGGCCUCCCUGGAGAAGCAAGGCCACGCAAGCACCCCAAUAUUAGGAGCCACCCAUCCCCCUCAAUCCCUGUGGAAACUGGGAGGCCCCUCCGCCGGGUGCCCCCGGCAGUUGCCCAAGAUGGCCACCCCAAAGCGUAGCCGGUGGCAGGCUUGGCCGGAGGAGGAGGGCGACCGGGAGCACGGCCUCUACAGCCUGCACCGCAUGUUCGACAUCGUGGGCACCCACCUGACCCACCGUGAUGUCCGAGUCCUGUCUUUCCUUUUUGUGGACGUCAUUGACGACUAUGAGAGGGGGAUGAUCCGCAGCGGGCGGGACUUCCUGCUGGCCCUGGAGAGGCAGGGCCGCUGCGACGAGACCAACUUCCGGCAAGUGCUGCAGCUGCUGAGGAUCAUCACCCGCCACGACUUGUUGCCCUACGUCACUUUGAAGCGGAGGAAGGCUGUGUGUCCGGAUCUCGUAGACAAGUACCUGGAAGAGACCUCCAUUCGCUACGUGACGCCGCGCACCCACAGUGGCACCGAGCAGGUUCCUGCCCACCAACACAAAUCUGUGCCUCCCCACCAUCCACUGGUCUGUUGCUCUUCUUCGGGACCCCAGAUCUGUACCAAGAGGUCCGGGCGGGGAAGAGCCCUCCUCAGUAACCAGCGGAAAAGAAGGAAGUCGGUGACACCGGACCCGAAAGACAAACAGACGUGCGACAUCCGCCUGCGGGUCCGAGCGGAGUACUGCCAGCAUGAGACGGCCCUGGAGGGGAACGUCUUCUCGAACAAGCAGGACCCCCUCGAGCGGCAGUUUGAGCGCUUCAGCCAGGCCAACACCAUUUUGAAAUCCCGGGACCUGGGCUCCAUCAUCUGUGACAUAAAGUUUUCGGAGCUCACGUAUCUGGACGCCUUCUGGCGCGACUACAUCAACGGCUCGCUGCUGGAGGCGCUGAAGGGCGUUUUCAUCACAGACUCACUCAAGCAAGCGGUGGGCCACGAGGCCAUCAAGCUGCUGGUCAACGUGGACGAAGAGGAUUACGAGGUGGGCCGCCAGAAACUCCUGAGGAACUUGAUGCUCCAGACGGCACCUUGAACCCUGGCGGCCGGCGGUUGGUUCAUCCCCGCCCUCCCCGCCCUCCUCCUUUUUCCGGCUCUCCUUUGGAUGGAUUUUUUUAAUUAUUAUUUUUUCCCCUUUGCAAAAAAGAAGAAAAAACCAGGAAAAAAUAUCUCAAAGGAACAACAAAAACUCAACCUUCUGCCAUGUGCUGAGUGACUGUAAGACCCUUUUGCCCCCAGGGUGAGGAAUAAGUGCUACCGUUGGUUUUGCUUGUCCCCUCAGUCGGUCGGGAGCGGAAACGGGAGACAGGGAAGUUUCCAUAAGGCCCACGGCCCCAAAGGUUUUCCUAGGGCCCCUUUCCCUGUCGGGCGUCUUGAAUAUCUUUGGCGGUUGGUUGGCGCUCCUUGGGUGUGUUGACUUCUCCUCUCACGUUCUCUCUUGUGCUGUCAGUUUCUGUCUCUCACUCACUCUUUUUUUUCCAGUUCUCUCCCAACAUUAGACUAUCUCUUGAUAACCCCAAAAAGGGUCUCGGCCGUUGCGGGGAGGUCCAUAAAACCCAAGGCUUGACCUUGCCUCUUGCUAUUAAGAAGAAGAAGAAGCGGCAAACACGAACGUUGAUGUUCUUGUGACAUGGAACAUGUUGUGCCAGUGUGUUAUUAUUUUUUUCCUUUAAAGCUGUGAGUUUUUUUGGGGGGGGGGGGGGGAAGGGGUAGAGAUUUGGCGCGUCGGGGUGGAAACCCAGCAAGCACUUGCCCUUAGCCCAAAUCCGCCACCCACCCUCCGCCGACCCCAUCCCGCCGUGUAGCAGUGUUCGGAAAAGAAACUCCCAAUCUUGCCGGAUGAAUUUGGGGGACCCUUUUUAUGCAAUUGAAGUCGGCUGGGUGUGUGUGUGUGGUAGCGAAGAGGGGAGGAUUCGGUGCCCCAAAGGAAGGAACUGGGUUGUGGGACAUUUGGGGGGUCUGAAAGCAAGGCUCCUUGGUGGCUCUUUCUUGAAUUCAGGUCUGGGAGACCGACUGUGUCUAUGGGAAACGUACUUUCUUUACUUCCCCGACUUCUGCUCCUAGCUAAGCGGGAUCCAAACCAGUCCCAAGGUGCUCUCCUUCCAGCGGCCCCCCCCAAUGCCUCAUGCUCCCCCUUGACCUGCGUGGAAGGAGAGCGAGCGUUUGUUCCCCACUCCUCUGAUCCACUAUGUGUGCCUUUCCCUCAACCUCCGGUCGAGGGAGCAUCAGCCUCCAAAGACGACAGAGAAAGGAACGCUCCUUGGGGGUGGGGCAGGAAAAGGGGGGGCUCUUUGGUCCAAAAUAGCAGUAGCCCCACACGAAGCAGAGCGCCAAGCGUCUCCCAGGCAGCCGUGCGCGCCAUCCUCAAACGCUCACAUUGGACCAGAGCCAAAAGGACAAAGUCAUUUAGACCUGUGGCUCAAUUUGAGGGGGGGGGGUUUGCUUUUUCGCAUGGGGCAAACUCUCAGCUCGGUUCCUCUCCCUUUGACUGGGUUUAAUUUCCAGCCUCUCUGACUCUGAAAUGGAGGCAUCCUUGUGGGAAGCCAGGUUGUCAAAUGAAAACAGGGCCAGCAGAGAGCUCCAUCCCGUCUUCCUUCCUUUCCGGUGGUGUUGAGCGCCACGAUUGUCGUCAGCCUUCCGUUUUCCGUCUUGGUGUUUUGGAACUGCCUGGAGGGCUUUUGAGGUGAAGGCAGAGGGCCCCCUGGGUGGACGAAGCCCUGGCGGCUUAUUUUGGGGGUGCAUUUGCAGGGGAGGAGGUGGGAAAGAGUGCUGUUACGUUUUUGGUAACACUGCAGAGCAGCAUGGGUGGCUCCUCUUUUGCCACCCGUACCUUCGCCCCCUCCACUUUUCCCAAACAGUAUUCUGAGGGGCAUCGUGCCAAUAUAAAGUUUGGAUCCAUCCAUUGCCCAAUAUGGCAAGAGCCCCUGGGCUUUACUUGUGUGUGUGUGUGUGUUUGCAGGAGUGGGGAGAUACUAAUACUCUAUUGGAAACUAAACACAUAUUUGGAAUUUAAAACUACAGCAACACCCAGUCUGUUCAGUUAUCCAAAUUGAUCUUUGUAAAGCAUUGUUUUUUGUUUUCCUUGGGAAGAAAAUAUAUCUAUAACACCACCAUGCAAUGAA